AUGUUACAGUAUGCAACCAUGCGAGUUUGGGAGACGUGGGCAUCUGAAGACGAAGAAGACGGACAUGGGGGAGAAAGAAGGAACCGCCAAAAACUUGUAAACAGAGAGUUACUACGGUCAGGAUUUCAUCUCAAGAAGAUCGAAUGGCUGAAAUGGGAAAACAGUUAUCCACUAGUCCACUCAAUGGGUCCUCACACAAUACCCAUCAUGCAUCUCAAUUACCACCAUGCAGUACCAUUUAAUAUUUUAAGAACACACAAUCUCAGGUUGCUGAUCAAAGAAGAGUUACACGAUCCGAUUGAGUCAAGAUAUUGGAACACGCUUAAGUUCGAUUAG